AUGUCUAACAAAUCAGAAGAAAAGAAUAUGGAGCCUAGGGCGCCUUUUAAAUGGUCUAAAGAAUCAGAUGAAAAAUUGAAAAAAUUGAAAGAGGAGUUGAAAGCAUCUAUUAAUUGGAGCGAAGUAGACAAGUGGAAUGCAGACGGACGACCGUACGAAGAGCACGAAGAAAUUUUAAUGUUUUUGAAUGAAAAUGAGUUUAUUAGCUUGGAAUCAAAUGAGAAAGAAAACAGAGCAAUGAAGGAGCACUUUACACAAGUUCCAGGAAGAGUAAUCGAACGUCCAGGGAGGAGUGCCGUUCUAAAACUCCCACCGAAGAUGCAACAACUCCCGGACGUUACUACCGUCAAUAUCGUAGUAAAGUUGUUGGAUCCCAUCAAAUAUCCAAUUCAAUCGCGAAUCACAGAAAGAAUACUCAAUGAUCUAAGUAUUUCAGGUCUUUUAAAUGGUGUUAUUGGAUUAAAUGUGAUGGGGAGGGUUAAAACAUAUGAAGUAGGAACAAAAAAAUUAAAUUCUGCGGUUAAUGUUUACAAUAUUGUUCCAAAGGACAUGAUAUUUAUUCACCUGUUUUACCAAAAGAGCAGUAUGUUAUUUUACGCCACUUACGUGGUAUAUGGUUCAGAGCGUUAG